GAACUAUAUGAAUUCUCCUGUUAUAAAUCAAUAUCUCAAAUCAACCACAGUAAACUGCCAGUUGAGGAUGAGUGAAAUGCGGACAAUGUGAUCGGUUCGACUCAGUAAAGAGCUUGUGCUACCGUUGUCAUUAGGCUCGUGUGUAGGGGUAAUGAAAAAGUAUAUAUUGAAUUCUUUGACCCUCAAGUUACAACUAGCAACCAAAAUGCUCUUUGGUAAUAAGCGCGCAGUGAUAAAAUUUUCAGCGGAGAAGGGGAGUUGAUAUUAUGCGCGUUGUGAAACGCCGUUCCCACAUAGAACUGCUAGUUUCAAGCAGGACACGAUACGAGGAGGAAGGUCCAAGAACGACGGGAUAGCGGACACCGGCACAAAAUGGAUCCAGCUCUUUUACAACAUUUUUUUAGACCGGAGUCCAGCGAAGUUAGGACAUCUAAUCCUUUUCCCAGGAGACCGUGGCUCCAAGAUCGUGGAGCUGCUGCUGCUGCACCUGCUGCCGGCAAUAUUGGUCUUAAGGGAAUUGUAGCUGGUGGCAUAACUGGUGGUAUUGAGAUCUGCAUAACAUAUCCUACGGAGUAUGUUAAAACUCAACUGCAGCUUGAUGGUAAAGCUGGAGCAGGUAGAGAGUAUUCAGGAAUAUGGGACUGUAUUAAAAAAACAGUGAAAACUCGAGGCUUCUUUGGAUUAUAUCGAGGUCUCUCUGUACUUCUUUACGGCUCAAUUCCAAAAUCUGCUGUCCGAUUUGGAGCCUUUGAAUCUAUCAAAAAUCAGCUGGUUGAUUCUGAAGGAAAACUCAAUGCCCAAACAAAGUUGUUAGCUGGUCUCUGUGCAGGUGUUUGUGAAGCUGUAUUGGUAGUAACACCGAUGGAGACUGUUAAAGUGAAGUUUAUCAAUGAUCAGCGUUCAGCAAAGCCUAGGUUUAGAGGAUUUCUCCAUGGUGUUGGAUUAAUUGUUAAAGAGAGUGGCGCAAGAGGAGUCUAUCAAGGUUUAUUACCUACGGUCCUCAAACAGGGUUCGAAUCAAGCAAUUCGAUUCUUCGUAAUGGAAACUCUAAAAGACUGGUAUAAGGGUGAUGACAAUAAUAAACACGUUCCUAAGCUAGUUGUGGGUACUUUUGGAGCAGUGGCAGGUGCCGCAUCUGUGUUCGGCAAUACACCCAUCGAUGUGGUUAAAACGAGAAUGCAGGGGCUAGAAGCUGCAAAGUACAAAAAUAGUUUAGACUGUGCCAUUCAAGUAUGGAAGAAGGAAGGACCAUUCGCGUUCUACAAAGGAACCGUACCACGAUUGAGCAGAGUAUGUCUGGAUGUAGCUAUAACAUUUAUGGUGUAUGAUUCCUUUAUGGAACUCUUCAAAAAGAUCUGGCCUUAAUGAUUUUGCAUUGAACAAUACUAUUUAAAGGCCAAUGCCAUACGGUAACUUUCUGCCAAAACAAAUAAGUUAAUGAAAAAGUUAAAGGAAGUUGCAAUGUAUGCGUAGAAUGAUUUUCAUAACACUUUAGUAUUUGCGUGAGCACAAAGUGCGAAUAAUUAAUAUCAACGAUCGGACUAUGAACAAUGAUGAAUCGACAAUGAAAAUGUGGAUUAUUCAAAACUGUCGCUUUCGUACAAAACAAUAUUUCUAUAAAAGGAGCCCUAAUAGUAAUAUUUCGCAUAAUUUUUGAAGUUUAAAUGCCCUAAAAUGAUUAGACAUGACAGGACAUUAUUAUUUUUUGUAUUAUAUCAAUUGACUGAGCAUCCAAUUGUAAAUUUCAUCUAAAAAUAACGUCUAUAUCUCUUAUAAUAUUUGAUACAGAACUUUUUACGUUUUAUGCUCAUAACUAGUUGCUACUCGAGAUAAACAAUAAUAGUGUUAUAAACAUAAUAGUUACAUAUUAUGUCACUAAUAAAAGAGACCUGUCUGUGAGCUUGACGUCAUAUCAUAGGUGCACAGGUUAAACGACAGAGUGCUUACUGAAAAUACGAGAAGAAAAAAAGGGGGUUCUUAAUUUUAUGUAAAAAAUUCAGUUGGUACAAAGUUCAAGACUUGUUAUGUUGUAUUGCGUGAGGUGAAUAUAUUUUUAGGUAUAUAUGAAAAAGAGGAAGAAGUGCCACUUACAUUGAAUACCUCAAAUUUUAGAUUUUUACGUAAAUGGCAAUACCAGUGAUCAUUAAAAUGAUACACAUUCCAAUAAUCAUUCCAGCUCGAAUCAAAACAGGCUAUUGAUUUUUAGACAAUAAAAUGACACGUGUCUACACAUUGUGAUGCAUGGUAAAAAUUGAUCGUAGAGUAUUACGAUUGUACGUAUAAAUGUACCAUGAAGUCUUUGUCAUAUUUACAUAGUUUCCGAUUGGACGAAAAAUUCCAGAUAAAAGAUCCUUGGUACUUGUUUGCGUUUGCUUGAAGUGAAUGCUCGAAAGAUUUUUAUUGUAAUUAACAUUUUGUUAUUAGUGUAACUAUAAAUUAUGAAUUAUUAUUUAUCAUACAGAUAAUAUAUUGCGCCAUAUCUAUAUCAA